UGAAUCCAAUAACGAUGCCUUCCCACUCUGGGACCAAAUGAUCGCUGAAGCAUUAGUAUUAAUCUUCAAUAAGUUGUCAAUAUUUGACAAAAUUUGCAUGGUUUCACUCGUUUGCAAAUCAUGGCAUAGAGUCGUUACUUGUUCUGAUUGCUGGCAAGAUAUUGAUUUUGAAGGCAUAGAAGAUCAUUAUAAUAAUGACUUAAAGCCAAUUCUAAAAGCUCUGUUGAGGAAGAAUUCAGAUCAUCUUCGCUCACUUUGUGCUAAAAAUUUCGUCGAUGACGAAUUGUUCUCUUUAUUUGCUGACCAUGCACAAUCUGUUCGGACAUUGAAGCUGUCAUGUUGUAGUAUAAGGAGCUCAACCAUAGAAACUGCUGCUGAGAAGCUCUCCACCGUUACCCAUUUGGAUAUAAGCUUCAACUGUUAUCAUAUUUCUGCCUCUGCUAUUAAGGCAAUUGGGUAUCACUGUAAGCAUCUUUUAACGUUUAACAUGAACGUUUCUUCAGACAUAGUUGAUAUAGAACCCCCUUUAGAUGAACAGGCUUUUGCCAUAGCAUCCACAAUGCCAAAGCUGAAGCACUUAGAAGUUUCAUAUGUGCACAUUGGUUCUGAAGGUCUGCUAAAGAUACUCUCCUGCUGCACUGAACUUGAAUUUCUGAACAUUCGUGGUUGUUUCCUUUUUGUUUUUAAGGAAAAUUUAUUUGAGAAUUUCUCUGGCUUGAAGGUUAUUGGUCCCUGGGCGACUGGUGAAGACUUGCUUAACUACAUGUACAAUCCUAGAUACAUUAUUCCAGAUUUUAUGGCAAUUGCUCAUGAGCUUGAUUUUUCUUUAUUUGAUGAAUUGAAGUACUGAUUUUUAUUUCUACUACACUCAUAUUAGGGUGAUAUUUCUUUUGAAAAGAAGAGUACCUUGUUUAUGAUAUUUUUAUGGAUUCAGAUA